AUGGCGUCUUCCAGUGUCUGGUUAAUUACGGGUGCCUCCCGAGGGCUCGGUUUCGAGAUCGCCAAAGCGGCGUUGCAGGCAGGCCACACGGUUGUAGCAGGUCGGCGCAAUUCCGGCCAAGACGAUCCCCGAGCAGCCGAGUUACAGUCCCUGGGCGGCCACUGGAUCAAUCUCGAAAUGGCUGGCGAACAUGUCGAAGCGAGGAUUGCGGAAGUGGCAGCAAAGUACGGGAAAAUCGAUGUGCUGGUCAACAAUGCUGGCUACGGUUUAGGUGGGGUUGCAGAGGAUAUCGGCUAUGAGGUCCUAAGUGUCCGGCGUUCCAGCAUACAAUUAUACCGAGACAUCAUAGAAGUCAACGUUAUUGGCGUCAUCCGAGCCUGCCAAGCUGUCACUCCCAUCAUGCGCAGCCAAGGUCAAGGGACCAUUGUCAACAUCGGAAGCCUCAGUGGCAUCAUUGCAGAGCCCGGAGUCAAUGCAUAUGCCUGUAGCAAGCACGCUUUGGAAGGUUUCACAGAAAGCUUCUCCAAAGAAGUAUCUGCUUUCAAUAUUCGUACGCUACUAGUAGAGCCCGGGAAUAUUGACACGGACGUGGCGGAUGUCACCAAAACCGGCAUUGAGGUCCCCAGAAGUGAACCUUAUCAAGGAUCGCCAGCAGAUAUAAUCCUGAAGACCUUAACGAACGCUGAACUCCUCAAGUCCAUCUCCGCCUGUCCCAUCAAAACAGCCUUGCGUAUUGUCGAGGCUGUAGAUAAGACAGGCAUGUUUGUCGGGCGAGAUGUGAAGCUGAGGUUGCCACUGGGCAAGGAAGUUCAGGACAUCCUCGACUGGGGGAAUGAGUUGGUAAAGACUACUGACAGCUUGAAAAAUGUUGCCAAUAGUGUCUAUAAUUGA